AUGCACUGCCAAGAGAGCGAGUACCUGGAUGAGCACGGGAAAUGCACCCCCUGCAGAAACUGCAUGCCCGGGCAGGAGCUUUCCAAGGUAAGUCGGUCCAGAACAAACCUGGUGAAGGUCGCCGUCCCCACCGUACCCCCCCAGGACACAGCUCUUCUCGCGCUGACCAGCAGUGCCCUGGUCAUCAUUGUACUGGUGCUCCUGGCGCUCUCCAUCAUCUACUGCAAGCGGUUCUGGAAGAGCCAGUGCCAGCGAGUCUUUCUGAGGACUCAGAACUUCUCGGGCCAACGAGCAAUGUUCCCGACCGCAGCAGCGCCCGGCACAUUUCUGUGUGAGGAGCAGAUGUCUGGUCCCUGCUGCCUGGGCGUGAAGAACCUGAGCCCCUGCUACAGGCAGGCAGAAGACUCUGUACCAGAAAUGGUCGCACGCAGCCCCUAUGGCUCUGUGUUGGGUUUGCAUGGCAAGGCCGGCGGUGCGGGGCAGGAGGGGGCCCAGCACCCGCCCUCCACCUGCCCGAAUCCCACCGCUGAGAGCGGGGAGCAGCAGGUGGAUGAUGCCCAGAGCCUCGUGACUCAGAUCAGCAGCACGGCGAAGGGUCUCCCGGUAGCAGAGCUGCCCCGGUCCCUGGUGCAGUCGCUCGCCUUCUUGCUGGACCCUUCCCUGAACGGCGCGAAGAACUUCGGCCACGUGGCGCUGGAGCUGGGGGUCGCGCCGCAGGCGCUGGGACGGAUGUCUGGCUUUGAGCAGCUCGUCGCUCACUGCGCCUACGCCGGGGACGCGGUCACCGUCCCGCUCCUGGCCCAGGCCCUGCAGCGGCUCCAGGCUACGGAUGGGGAAGCCUCCGAUGCCAAGGCUCAGGAGAGCCGGUCGUUCGUCACUGGAUACAAAACCAUGGUAUUGGUAGAAGUGUUCGGCGUGCGUAGUGUCCAAGGAAGCCUUUUCCGUGGAGCUCCUUGGGUGCGUGGAGCCUUGAUUUUCAGAGAUGCUCAAGGUAAUACCCCUGAAGUUAACAGCGGGAUGAACUUGCGCCGAGAGCAGUCUGCAGGCGUGGGUGAGCCCGGUAAAAAAAAGGGAGGGCUGCGCUUGGAGCAGAGCGCCGGAGGGGUGCUGGGAGAGCAGCCUCUCGCCUGCUCGUGGGACGGGGAUUCGGAGCGUGCCUCGCCUUGCCUGCGAGCGACUCCAGGUCUGGGGGCUGUAUCCCUCCAGGACUUCGCGCUCUCAGGUGCCUGCGGACUCGACAUGCUGCGGUAG